UCGACGCCUCCGGCCGCUGGAGCCCCGGCGGCGGAGCGGGGCGCUGCUGCGAGCCAUGUUGGGCGGGAGCGGCUGAGGUUUUAUUUAAAAAAGACAAAUUGAGUCUGGAUGCCUGUGCUGGAUUUUAGCAGCUGAAGAUGGAGUAAGAUGUGACCUUAAAUCUGAUUUUAAGAAAUGCAAAACCAUACUGUCUCACAGGAGGAAAACAGCCCUCAGGUGGCCCAUCUCCUGGUUUUGGGAGCAGAUAGUCAACAAUUCCUUCUCUCAACUCACCCCAAAUUAUGCUUAGCAUGAUGAUAUUGGAGGAUUAGCGCCUGGUGACAAUCUGCUCCACUCUCAUACUUCAACAAGACAAAUCACUAACGUCUAGUAGCAAGAAGAGACGUGUUCUUCAUGACAAAAUGACAGCAAGAGAACACAGCCCCCGCCAUGGUGCAAAAUCCCGCACUGUGCAACGGGCCUCCACUAUUGACAUUGCCUCUGACAUGCUAGGUCUGUCUCUGGCAGGAAACGUCCAGGAUCCAGAUGAGCCAAUUUUAGAGUUCAGCUUAGUUUGCAGUGAGUUGCUCACACCAUCGCUAGAUCGAAAACCAAAUACUUUUGUCGCAGUGAGUGUCACUACACCUCCUCAGGCAUUCUGGACAAAGCAUGCACAGACAGAGAUUAUUGAGGGAACAAAUAAUCCUAUCUUUCUAAGCAGCAUUGCCUUUUUUCAAGACUCUCUUAUCAAUCAAAUGACGCAAAUCAAACUUUCUGUGUACGACGUCAAAGAUAGAUCUCAGGGAACAAUGUAUUUAUUGGGUUCUGGAAUGUUCACUGUAAAGGAAUUACUUCAGGAGAAGAACCAUAGAUUGCAUUUAACACUAAGGUCUGCUGAAAGUGAUCGCGUAGGUAACAUCACAGUUAUAGGAUGGCAAAUGGAAGAAAAAACUGACCAAAAGCCUCCUGUAACAAGGUCUCCUGACACCAUUAAUGGGAGGACUGUACUUCCAGUUGAUGAAAGUUUAACAGAAUCUUUAGGAAUCAGAUCCAAAUAUGCUUCAUUACGGAAGGAUGUGUUACUAAAAUCUGUAUUUGGUGGUGCCAUUUGUCGGAUGUAUCGUUUCCCCACAACUGAUGGGAACCACCUGAGAAUCUUAGAGCAGAUGGCUGAGAGUGUACUGUCACUGCACAUCCCCAGACAGUUUGUGAAGCUUCUGCUUGAAGAAGAUGCAGCCAGGGUUUGUGAACUAGAAGAACUGGGAGAGCUUUCUCCCUGUUGGGAGAGCCUUCGUCGACAAAUAGUUACUCAGUACCAAACAAUUAUACUGACUUAUCAAGAAAACCUAACUGACUUGCAUCAAUACAAAGGCCCUUCGUUUAAAGCAAGUAGCUUGAAAGCUGAUAAAAAAUUGGAAUUCGUGCCCACAAAUUUACACAUACAGAGAAUGAGAGUCCAGGAUGAUGGAGGAUCAGAUCAGAAUUAUGACAUAGUAACCAUAGGAGCACCAGCAGCUCACUGUCAAGGCUUUAAAUCAGGGGGUCUACGGAAAAAGCUGCAUAAAUUUGAAGAGGCAAAGAAACACACUUCAACAAGCUCCCAGUCUAUAAUAUACAUACCACAGGACAUUAUUAGAGCAAAGGAGAUUAUUGCACAAAUCAACACCCUGAAAACUCAAGUCAGUUACUAUGCCGAAAGGCUCUCGAGAGCUGCCAAGGAUAGAUCAGCUAAUGGCCUUGAAAGAUCACUUGCCAUUUUGGCAGAUAAGACGCGGCAGCUUGUCACUGUCUGUGAUUGCAAGUUAUUGGCAAAUUCAAUACAUGGAUUAAAUGCUGCAAGGCCAGAUUAUAUAGCCUCAAAGGCAUCUCCAACCUCUGGAGAGGGGGAACAAGUGAUGCUAAGGAAUGAUCAAGACACCCUUGUGGCAAGAUGGACAGGAAGAAAUAGCCGAUCUUCUCUGCAGGUGGAUUGGCAUGAAGAGGAAUGGGAAAAAGUUUGGUUGAAUGUUGACAAAAGUCUGGAGUGCAUUAUUCAGAGAGUGGACAAACUUCUCCAGAAAGAGCGUUUGCACAGUGAUAGCUGUGAAGAUGUUUUCCAGUGUGACAUCAGCUGUACUAGUAAGAAAGGUAAUCGGGAUACUCGUGCCUACUGGAUAAAUCCAAAAGGCUUAGAUGAGAACUCAUCCUCACCUUCAUCAUCCUCACCACCAUCUACAACCAUAUCAUCCUCUGCAUGCCAUUCUCACAGAAACACAAAUUGCAGCCCCCCUCCUGAAGAGUCCAGCCCAGGUGAAUGGAGUGAAGCUCUUUAUCCCUUGCUGACAACGCUCACGGACUGCGUAGCCAUGAUGAGUGACAAGGCAAAGAAAGCCAUGGUCUUUUUGUUAAUGCAAGAUAGCGCUCCUACAAUAGCUCUGUGCCUGAGCCUUCAAUAUCGCAGGGAUGUUGUCUUCUGCCAAACUCUGACAGCUCUUAUUUGCGGUUUUAUUAUUAAGCUGAGGAACUGCCUGCAUGAUGAUGGAUUCUUAAGGCAGCUCUACACCAUUGGUCUGCUGGCGCAGUUUGAAAGCCUUUUGAGCACAUAUGGUGAAGAGCUGGCAAUGCUGGAGGACAUGAAUUUGGGAAUAAUGGAUUUGAGAAAUGUAACCUUUAAAGUAACUCAGGCCACUUCAAAUGCAUCUGCUGACAUGCUGCCAGUCAUUACAGGAAAUCGUGAUGGAUUUAAUGUGAGGAUUCCUUUGCCAAGCGCCUUGUUUGAUUCGUUGCCCCGGGAGAUUCAGAGCGGCAUGUUACUGAGAGUUCAGCCUGUUCUUUUCAACGUGGGAAUUAAUGAGCAGCAAACCCUAGCAGAGAAGUUUGGAGACACGUCGUUACAAGAAAUAAUUAAUAUGGAGAGUUUAGUUCGUUUGAAUUCCUAUUUUGAGCAGUUCAAGGAAGUUUUGCCCGAUGAUUGCCUACCUCGAUCUCGUAGUCAGACGUGCCUGCCUGAACUGUUAAGGUUUUUGGGACAGAAUGUACAUGCAAGAAAAAAUAAGAAUGUUGAUAUUCUUUGGCAAGCUGCUGAGAUAUGCCGGAGACUAAACGGUGUUCGAUUUACAAGUUGUAAAAGUGCCAAGGACAGGACAGCCAUGUCAGUGACUCUAGAGCAGUGUUUGAUCCUGCAGCAUGAACAUAGAAUGGCUCCUCAGGUCUUCACCCAGGCACUGGAGUGCAUGAGGAGCAUAGGAACACGGGAGGUAGCACCCAGAAGAACUUGAGUGCUUGGUGCCCAUCCGAGAUUUCGGCUAGACCCAGCCUCCUCUACUCUUUUCCUUUACUAGCUCUGAGCCCCAAUUACUGAUUGUGUGUGCGUUCUGAGCUGUAGCAUACCUGGUGGCCCAUUCGUUGCAAAUGAAGACAAGCUUAAAAAACAGAAUAGAUAAAAGUGCUAUAGGUAUUGCCACCUGAUACAUGCUGAACAAAGGAAUGUGUCAUAGCAAUGUCUGCCAAGAAUACAUUUAUUAUGCCUUACAAUUUUACGUUUUAUUGUACUAAAGUGUAAAUAUACAUCAAAUUAUUUUAUCAGAGGAAUUGUAUUGAAAGUUUAAAACCAUUGUUAUGCUUUCAGUGCUUGUAACAUAUCCUGAAGUUGGCUGUUACCUCGUUACUUAGCGGCCUGAAGAUCAUUUCUCUUACCAAAUAUUCUCUUACCUUCAGAUCUAAGAGUCUCUCUCAUAUAUACAGUUUUGUGUUACUUGUUUCAUGUAUUCCAGAGAAAGGAACUCUGUCUGAAAAGAAUUUGUAUCUUUUUGUAUAAUCUUUAAAUGUAUGCUAACCUUGCCUUUCAUUUUUAUGAGGUAUGAAGAGAAAAAUUUAAAAUAAAUAGGUGGGGUUUAUAACAGAUGUACCUAGAUAAACAAAUCUGACACCUUUCUACUUCCAUUACAAAGCAUAAUAGCUAAAUUACAGUAGUAAGCAGUUUGCAGAACCCAUAGUCUUGUUCCUUUCUCGUGUUUAAAUCUAUUUCAGUAGCAUAUACUGUACCCACUAAAAAAAAUCCUUGAAUUGCAGUGUACUGCAUGCAGUAUUAUUCCAUUAUGUUUACAGGUAUACAUUUUUGUAACCUAUUUAAGUGAAUGACUCUCAGAAAAGGAGAGUAUGUAGUAAAAAGAGACUGAUAGUGAUCAAUUGUCCAUUUAUUCUUCCUUGGGGAAAGAUGCUCCAUUUUUAAACUAUAAAAAAGAGAAUUCUGAAUCAGGAUAAUAACUUAUAAGUUAAUUACGUUGACAUUUAAUAUACCAGGUAAGAAAAGAGGUAUAUCAGUUAGCUCCCUUAGCAUGGUUACACUGAACUACGAAGCCAAAGCAUUUGGGUUUUGUGCAGUGACAAUAGACAAAGUAUUACUGUUAUUUCUAUUCUUAAAUAUUUGCUAGCUGCACAGAUAUUAUGGUUAUGGGAGCCACAUAAGGACCUAGGUAGGUAAAUAGAUGACAGUGAGUUAAUAUGUAAUUUCUAUCAUUAUUAUUAUAAUUAGUUCAAAUAGGCACAUAGCAGCAUUCAGAAAGCCGAGAUAGCUGUAACUGAUACAUUCAUUAUAAUGUUUUUAGAAGCAUUUCUGACCAAUAAUAAUGCAAGAUGAAAAAGCAGCUAUGUAAUUUUGAGGUUAGAAUAGACUCUUAAAUUCAGGAAAUGUUUAAUUUCCAGUUAUAACAAAAUCAGAAAGUACAUGCUAUAUUUUCUUUGUCUUCACCAAAUCAAAUCGUAUAAUACAAUGUCUCCUGGUUUCCAUCCCCUCCCUCACCCCAGAUACCCUCUGAUGUUGUUUUAAAAAAAAAAAAAAAAGUGAAUCUAUUUAUUUAUAUUUAAUUUUUAUAAAAAGAUACUGGAGUGAGUCUGGGAAAGCUUAUUGCUAAUGGAAUUGAAACCAUGGCAUGCCAGCAAUGGAAAAUACACAGCUAAUUGGUGGCAGGUAUAAAUUACCCUGCCACUGCAUCUAAGCCCUGAUCUUCACACACUUCUGAUUCCAGCCUUAUUUGUCCCCUGAACAGCCUGCCUUUUGUGCCAAAUUCUGUGUUUUUACUAUGUGAAUAAACAUCCAGUAUGGACAAAGGCCUUGGUCCGGCGAAGUGCUGAGCACGCUAGCCCAGUCUAACAGUAUGUGCUUAACUUUGAACAUGACUAGACCCACAGAAGUCAGUGCGACUAUUCAUGUGCUUAAAAUUAAGCAUGUUUAAAUGUUUUGCUGGAUCGGGGCCAACAUGCUCAUCAUCUUGCAAGACUGAACUCUAAUUUAAGAAGCCGAUUAGUCUUACUUUGUGUGAAACCCAAGGCCUGCUUAAUUCAAUUUCAUUUCUUUGGGCCUAGAUUUUAUCCUUUGUUUGUGACCUAGCCUAUAUUUAAACUCGGGUCUCCAGAACUGAGAAGUUUACUGCACGCUGCCAACAUACCUCAAUCAGAAGAAAUUAAUUCUUCACAAAAACUAUCACAUAAUUAAGUUAAGAUUCUGGUUCUUCACUAUGGUCUCAGUCUUGCACAGUGCCAAGUGCCUGAACUUCCAGUGAACUCCGCGGAUGCUCAGUUGAGGAUGCUCAGCACUUCAUAGGAGUACUUGACACCUUGCUCGAUCGAAACCCUUGCGUAGGAUCUCGAAUGAGAAGAUGACAGUUAUGUCAUAUCAAUGACAGCGUAAUAAACAUAAGUGCCAUUAGUUGAGACAUAUUAAGCAGCACAAGAUCUCCAUUCUUUGCAUUUUAGAACACUCUUUAGUAACUUUGGGUGGUGGCAUGAAGGAGCAAUACUGUAACCUUAUAAUUCAGCUGGUUACCUUUGGGUAGGAGUUUUCAUAUUCAUUUAAUUAAAUGUUGACAGGUACUAGGGUAAAAGUGAGAUAUAUUUUAAUUAAUUUAAGGUAAAGAUAACCCCUACAUUUAAGGUAAAAAUACCAAUUACUGUUAUGCCUUUGUGGUCACAUAUCAAAAUAUAUUUUAGAUCAUGUUUAAGGUUAUAUUAAAGGUAGGACUAAAAAUAAUAAAAUUAAAGAAGCUUGAUACCAGUUGGUGCAGUAUGCUGUUACUAACUCAUUCAGUUGUGUCUAGGAAUCUCAGUGGUGAAAUAAGGAUUUAUGUUCACUAUUAGGUCAUCAAAGAAAAAGUGACUUGUGAAUUAAUAUUUCUGGUCACCAUUGUUUCCAGUCAAACAGUAAGCCACAUCCUCAGCUGGUAUAAACUGACAUAGCUCUAUUGAAGUCAAUGGUAUAUACACCAGUUAAAAAUCUGGCACAGAGGAUGAUAUGUGACAGCGUAUUAUAUCUUGUCUUCACAUUCACAGGAGGGGAAAAAAGCCCUUGCAGCACCAUCACUGUGACUCACUUCAGACAUGUGCAAUAACUAGUCAUGAUGGGAUGAAUUCUGAACAGUGCUAAACUUACCAUUGAAUACCUUAACUUUCUGGUUUGUGUCCCAUGCUACUGUCCCUUUGUGACAUUACCCAGGGUGCAAUCUGGACUGUUGAACAGCUUAAUUCUCUAGCCUUGGGUGUCUUUUACCCUUCUUUGCUGUCAGAACAUCCAGUCCUGGUCUGCUCUCACAGCCUUCAGUAUUCAAAAUCACUCCCAGAUAAAUUACAUCUGUGCUCUGACCAGUCACUCAUGAAUUACAUAUAGGGUGACAUCCACAAAUUCUUAGUCCCAGCCUUGUUCCUCCAGAAAUGUGCAUCUUGUACUGCUCAGUACCCUUCUCAUAGGAAGUCUGUCAUUUCAUCAAAGGAAAAUGAUAAUGUACCAGCCUUGUUAUCCCAAAUUGAGCUUCCCACACACUGUAAUCCAAACACAGUGGUUAAGAUAAAACAAUAAAAUAAGUUUUUAUUAACUACAGAAAGAUUAGAUUUUAAGUGAUUACAAGUGGUGAUGCAUAAAAGUCAGGGUUGGUUACAAAAGAAAAUAAGAGUAAAAUGCAAGCUAAUACUUAACUUAACAAGCUAAGUGAACUUAAAAGCAAAAGGUUUUGUCUCACCAUACGCUGCAGUAAAUUUCAUUGGCUGGGUCUACUUUCAGCCUGAGACCCUGCCCCCUUAGUUCAGUUCUUUGAGAGUCGUUGAUGUUAUGAGCAGAGAUGAAGGAGGAAAGAGGAAAAUGGGAGGCCACAAUCUCUCAGGGCUUGGCUACAGUGGCAGGUGUAGAGAGCUGGGAGUUAAACCAGCCUUCGGAGACAGCAGCAGGGAAAAUGCUGCCGUGUAUUUACACUGUCAGCUGCAAGUGCAGUGGCGUGGCCACAUUAGCAACUCUUGCAACGCCACAGAGAGCAGUGCAUUGUGGUAGCUAUCCCAGUGUGCAAGUGGCUGCUGCAUGCUUUUCAAAAGGGUGUGGGCGUGGAGUGUGACAGGGAGUGUGUUGUGUGUAUGUGGGGGGAGAGACGGUGUGUUUUGGGGGGCAGAGAAUGUGUCAGCAUGCUGUCUUGUAAGUUCAGACAGCAGCAGACCAUCCCACCCCCCGCCUCUCUCUCUCACUCAUGCAUGCACGCACGAACGCCUGCCUCAGCAACAGCAGCAGCAUUCCACAGUAAUGGUUGCUUUGUGUCCCGGAGCAGAGAAGCAGCCAGCUGUCAGAACGGAGCUUUGAAAGGGGAUAUCCGCAUGCCAGCAACCAAGUUCAAAGCAAUGACCAGAGUGAUCACUUCACUUCAGGGGAUUAUGGGACAUUUCCAAAGGCCAAUCACAGCAUAGUAAUGCACCGCGUCGUCCACACUGACACCCAGUUGUUUUAGCCGGGGCGCAGCAAGCUCUAUGCUUCUCGUGGAGGUGGAUUACCAGGAGCGCUCCAGCUGCAGAGUUCAGGUGCUCUAAGUGCCUUGCCAGUGUGGACAUCUCAGGAGUUAGGGAGCCCAGUGCUGAUUUAAUGCGCUUUAACUUGCAAGUGUAGCCAAGCCAUCAUUCUUGUAUCACCCUCUCCCUUUGAGGAUUGCCCCCAGCUGAAGUGCAGGCGACAAGUAGUCUUUUGUGGACAUGAGAUCUGACUAGUCCCUGUGAUGGAAUGUAAAUUUCUUAUUCACACCUUCCCCUUGCUGGAGAAUGGCUGCUUAAGCAGGUGAUAGCUCUUUAACACUUGGCUGAGGUAUCAAUAUGUCUUUGUCUCUGGAAAAACUGGGUUGGGCCUGCUUUUCUUAACCUUGAAACAUGUAUAACAAUGCUAUACAGCCAAAUCUUAUAACUUUACAUACAAUGAUCAGCAGACAAUAAUGUUCAGCAGAUUGAGUUUUCAAAUGAUUUCACAAAGCCUACUCUGUACAAAAUUUAUCCUAGUCUUGUAAAAAUGGUGAGCAUAAUAAUAUAGACCAUUGCACAAUUAAACUUAAUAUUUUAAUUACAUUUUAAAAAAACAAUUUGUCCAAGAAAAGGAAAGCAAAUCUUUUAUGGAAGUGUAUUUUAAUGGCUCCUUUGAAGCAAUUCAAGUCCAUUACAUGAAAAUAUAUUAAAGAAAUUUUCACAAUAUAUCUCACUCACUUAAUUGGCUGUAACAAUUUUUGCAGUAUUUUGUGUAAAGACACAAAAAAAAUGGUGUAAUGUACAUAUUGGGAUCCAUACUAUAAAAAACAGUUACUGCACAUUUGUAGUAGGCAAUCCUCAAACUUUAAAUAGGGUGGUUUUAGAAGACAAAGUUAAGAAUGCUAAAUGCAUUUAAAACAGGCAACAAAUAAAAUUACAACCAGUUUAAUUAAUCAAAAUCAAAUAAACCCAGCAAUGAGCAUGAGCCAAUGUUAGAAGAAGAUUUUUAAAAGGUAAACAAACCCCAAACCAACCUUUUAAAUUAAGUCAUUAUGGUUUAUCUGGGGUAUGUUACAUGCUGCUUUUAUCUGUCUUUAAAACAGGAAUAAUAUAGCAUUUCAGUCGUAAGAUGGCGGUGUGUACAUUACACCAUCAAGCUAGAGCAUUAAACCAUUAUUAUUAUCCAUUUUUUACCUUCUCUAGUAGAGAGAGAAGAAAACAUUCUCAAGAGAAUCUAACUUAACUUAUAACCUACAUAUUUUAAAAAGUGCUUCCUCUUUGUAAGUCUGUUUUUGGAAAACAAGGAUUUUGCAUACAAUCAAAGGAACUUUGCGGUAGAUUUCAGAACCAUUAUAUAGAAGCCUUAUAGCUGGGGUAGCUUUCAUUAUAGCACAGAGCCUCCUCUGCUGGUAUAGAGCAACUGCAUAACAUUAGGUUUGCAAUCUAAACUCUGAACAGUUUUGUGUGAUGACUGUACAUGCAGCCAAUCUUUUUUUGCACCCAUACAAAGCUGCCGUUUCAGGAUUUAGAUUCUGCUAGUACAGUUUGUUAAUUUUCAAAUUAAUUUAUGCAUGCAAAGUUAUCUGAAAAGUCAUUAUUUUUGUAUUCACUCUUUAAGUAAGCUUUGAUAAUAUUGCCAUACAGGGGACAAUAAAAUUAUUUAAAAAAUUCUGUUCAGAGAUCAGCAGUUUUUCUUUUUCAACGUACAGUUCUGCUAAUUUGUUAGUAAAUUAUUUCAGCAGGUUUUUUGGAUUCCAUGUGCAAUGAAAUGGCAUUUAAACUUCACAGUAAAAGUAUCCUGAAAUACAUGAAACCAUCUCAAAUAUAAAAGUUUGUUCCAUUAGAUACACUGCUGCUUUUUAGAAAUGCAAAACUAGCAAUUAAACAUAGCAUGUGUCCAUUCUAUGUGCUUCUUAAUAACAUUGUUUAAUGAUCCACCAUUUUUAAUAUUUGCAAUGGCAAAUGAUCCACAAACACCCAUUGAAACUAAUCAACUUUUUUUAAUGCUAUGAAAUAACCAGUUCAUUUCAUCUUAGUUUAAGACUUUUAUUUAUUUAUUUUUCCUUUUUACUGCUGUCAUUUUUUUGUGCUUGUUUUUUUCCCCAGUGAGGGUUGUCGAAGAGAAAAUACAAUGAAGAAUGUUGGAUGUCGCAAGUAUGCAUUUAAUUCCCUGCAGCUGAAGGCUUUCCCAAAGCAUUACAGGCCUCCAGAAGGAACUUAUGGAAAAGUUGAAACAUAAGCAUACUGUGUCCUGUAAUUAGCUGUUCCAUUAAAACACGGGGAUAUACUCUAGUUUAAUAUAUGAAUUUGUCAUCGAGACCAGAUAACCAAUUUUUGUACAUUUUACUAGGUUAUAUUGAGCAUGUUACUUUAUUGAAUUGGAAUCUAUGAAGAUUAUUCUGACACCUUAGCUUGAUGACUCUGUCCAUUUAAAUAGCCUUCAGUGUAUGUAAAAUGCACAAAUACUGUAGCACUGAAUAAUUACCUAAAUGGAAAUAGCUUGGUACCUCCAGGAUCGUCAAGGACUUUAUGAAUGAUAUUUAGCAGGUGUUUCACAUAAUAUCUUUUUAUACUGAGUUGACUUGAGAGUAAGCUUUUCAUAAUACUUUUUAAAACUGAGAAUAAAACCUCAACAUUGUAAAUAGUAAAUUAAUUGGACCCUGGGCAGUCGGAGGAGUGUAGAAUGAAUUGUUACAAUCAAGCAACAACAGUUUAAUUUUUAAAAAAGAAUGUCAACACAAAAGUCAGGAGCUUAAAAUGUUUUACUGUAUAUAUAAUGCUGUCUUUCAUACAUGGAGUUAGUAAUGUACAAGGCCAGAUACUGACAUGAAGUCCUAUCCUGCUCCAACUUAAUCCAAAGCUCCCAUUGACUUUAGUGGGCUCAGGAUUGGACCCACAAUCACCUUAUUUGAUUUCAGAAACUUUUUAAAUUUUUCGAACACUUAUGUGAUUGCAUUUGAUUAGUGGUGAAUGCUAACAAACAAUAUUGUAAAAUUCAAAUACAGUUUUAUCUCCCCAUUACAGUAGUGUAACUUAUAGCAUAACAGGCAAGUCAGUAAAUAUCAUGGUAUUGUGUAUUAAGUAACACAUUUUUCCAUGGCUUUUUAUAUCACUUCAGGUCAAUCGUGUUAGUAUCUAAAAAUUUUGUUGAUAUUUUCAAUAUCUGCUAACCCAGCGAUGCUCUAUAAAUGCCCACCACUGCCCAAAUCCUUCCAUAACAAAAAUUUGUUUUCUGUUUAGCAUUGCAUUUUGCCCAGCUGAGCUCUGUCAGAAUAAUGCGCAGGGAUUAUGAUUAUUGUAACAUAUAUUUCUGGUGAAUCUAGCAAUGUCCUAUUUUGAUACAAAGUAACUGUUAAUGUCUUAAAAUCUCAUACUUAUUCCAUCUCAUGACUAAGGUGACCAGAUAAGCAUCCGAUAAGAAAUGUUCAACAGAUCUCCUUGAAAACAGUCUCUGUAAAGGGUAUGCAUUCUAAAAAAUGAAUGUAAACACUAAUUUCCAGAUUUUAUCAGGAUUAAUUUUCCUUAGCCACAUUUAACCCAAUAUACAAUAGUCAAGUACUCACUCCCCCUUGGAUUUUAAGGAAGUAGGCUGGGAAGUAGAAUGGGAAAUAUGGUCAGUUUAUUCAUAAUAGAAUAGCAACAGCCAGGUAUGUGUGUGGCAGUUCCUUAUUUCUUUCUCUGUGUUCCUGGUGUUCGUCUGUGUUCUUGCUGCUCUAUUGAUCAUGUUCAUUCUGCUCCCACAUAAAUUUUGGGGGUUUUAAGUACCGUAGUUUUCAUGUUUUGCUUUUUGCCGUUCAACAUUUAACUGUGUGUCACAUGUGCCAGUUAGACUGUUUUGCUGAACUAGCUUUUUAUUAUUAUUUCAGCCUUACUAAGAUAACAAAAUGGCGACUACUGUGUAAGAUAUGCAUAUGUCUAGAAGUCUGUAAAAAGUAUUUAUUUUCCUGUCCCUGUUUUGAAUAAUUAAUUCAUGGCUAUAGCAGAAACAGUCCUUGGGAACUCCACUGGCUCUGUUCAUCCCAAAUGAAGCAACCUGUUUGUUUUUUGACAAUGUGUAAAACAAAUACAUAUUUAAAAAAAAAACAACUUUCAGUAAGGAUCCUUUGGAUUUAUAUUAUUCCAUUCAUUCUGUUAAAUCUGCAAUCCCUAUUCCGUUAAUAAACACCACAUUUCUUUUUAUGUAAUCUGUACUCUGUAGAACUCAGAGUUUCUCAAUGGUGACAUUUAGUGAUCAGUUUAUUUCAUAUAUUUUUCAGUCAUGUAGUUAAGCAUAAAUAUAAAUUCUUACAUUGUUACACUGGAACUCUGUGUUCAGUUUUGGAGGGGGAAUAAUGCAAAAGAGUUAUUACAAUUACUAGAGCUGUUCACUAGUAUUAUGGAGUUCUUAAUAAUUAAAUCCACUCUAAAUUAUAGUGACCUUUAUUUAUUUUCUAUACACACCUAAUCUAAAAGAAUUCCAAAACUCUUUAUGUGCAUGCUUUUUGCUCACCUUUUUAAAGCGGUGGAACACCAAACUUAAGUACUGCAUUAUUUUGUGGAGAAUAUUCCAAUUUCUAUGUACUUCAUGUAAAGCAACAUUAUUCGGCUAAUAUUUUAUAUAUACAACAUUGUUAUUACAUGCACCUAAAUAGGCUUGCUUAAAGGGCAUAUUGAACAGUAAGAUUUUGAGCAGUUCAUCUAAAAAGAAAAACUGUGAAACUUUAAACAUAUAGGAACCUUCACAUGUUGCACAGGAAAGACGUUAAGGAUUAUUGUAAAAUGAAGUUCUGUCUAAUGUUCUUUCUGAGUACAUUUUUUAAAUUAUAAAACAUACUAAGGUUUUAAAAAAAUGUUGCCAAGUAUGUUCUGUGUAUGUUCUGUGAAAACACCCACAGCACAGUUGCCUUUUGUUUCAUUUAUAUAUGUAAAAUUAUUGUAUAAUACAAUACUGUUUUGUCCCAACACUGUUGUAUUUGCCAGGCUUUGUGCACUUAAAUAUUUCUAUUUAUUUGUUUUUGGGCAGUAUUAAUAUAUCAUAAACAUAUGGUUAGUGUUUUAUAUAUUCCUAGUUCAUCCAAUCCAUGUAUGCUGUAAAUGUGCUUGUCUUUAGGAUGAAAAACAAUAAAAAACUGACAAGAA